UAGAUAUAUGAAACUGUCUUUUCCGUUUCAAUCACAACUAUAUUUAACUUUAUUUUAAUAAUCUCCAUUAUCCAUAUACUCGUACAAAACGCUUGGCCAUGCGGCAUGAAAGUAAUAGUACCUUCUAUGCCAUUGACUAUAGUGAGAUGAGCUGCUUUAGCAUUAUGAAAUUUGACUUUGAAGAUCGAUGCAAGUUGGCCGUCAAGGUGGAAGAGUGCGAUAUUCUCUCGACUAUGGUACACUAUUUCGUCCUUAUGUACUGCGACCUCGAAAUACGAAGCAAAGUGAGCGAGCUGUGCGCUCUAUUCUUUAUCCUCGUAUUGGUCAUUUCUUUAAUGGUCAUCAUUAGCAUUGUCGUGGAGUCUCACUUCAGUCCCAUGCUGAAGGUCAUAUCGAUGAAGAUGGGCCUAAAUGAGUACGUGGCCGGUUCUACGCUGCUCGCCAUUGGAAAUUCCUUGCCGGACGCACUGGCAAACAUGUUGCCAGUGAGAUCCGAGGCACCAAUGUUCGCCAUUUCCAUCAGCAAUUCUAUGGCCAUCGUCCUGGUAUCCGGCGGUAUGGUUUGUUACCUGAAACCCUUCAAGAUGAAUCCCAACAGCACCGUCAGAGAUCUACUCGUUCUGAUACUGGCGUGUGAAACCCUCACUUUUAUAUUGCUCAGGCACAAGCACCUAUACGCCAAAGAUGGGAUAUAUCUGAUUUGUGGAUACUUCAUUUACUUGAUUGUAAUCAUUGGCGAUCUCAUUGCUGCGCGAAUGACCGUCAACUCGCUACGUAGACAAAUUGCUGAAGCAAAUCGGAGACCAGCUUCAGCGGAACGGAGGGCCCAGAUAGCGCGGAUGAAGUUCAAACUUAAGGAAUUGGAAAAAGAUCAUCGGUUAAGUAUUCACCGACACAAGAAAAAACGACGAAGCUCCUCUUGGGGAGAUUCCAACGACAGCGACCAGCCGCAUCACAUAAGGGAUGAAUGGACUCAUGGAUUCACCACACCCUGGCCAAAGAAAAUCAAUGCGGAUGUGGAUUUCGAGGAAACGCGCACGAUACUGCAUUCGAGUGAGAAUUCGAAGAAUCUGUUUCUGUUCGCAGAUUUCUGGGACACCGUGAUGCCCAUAAAUAUGGAGGAAUGGGGCUUUUGCGGGAUGCUUUGGUCGGCUUUUGCUGCUAUUAAAGGCACCUUUAGAGCUCGUCUGUACGUUAUUUCUGCCCACUGUGGACUACGAGAAGGACAAGCACGGCUGGAGCAAGUUGCUCAACUGCAUACAGAUAAUCACUUGCCCCUUAAUAAUGAUUACCCUGGUUGACUCUAUCUUUGUGAGUCAAUUCAGUAACUGGUUUAUUGAUCUUCAAUUCUCCUAUGCCAAGUGGAGUCUGUGUGUCACAGUUCCCCUGGCUAUUAUUGCAUUCAUUCAUUCCCGAACCGACAUACCGCCCCCGUAUCAUUCGCUAUUCCUUGGACUGAGUUCAGCCGGUUCGCUGGUAAUAAUGGGGAUCUGUGCUGCCGAGCUCGAGAUCCUGUGCUGCAUUGCGGGACUGAUUGUGUACCUAUCCGAGAGCUUCGUCGCCGUCACCUUCCGUUCGCUGGCCGCUUGCGUCGGAGACAUGAUUGUUGAUGUUUCCCUGGCCUUGGAUGGCUACGAACAAAUGGCCUUGGGCGCCAUCUUAGGUGCUCCCAUAUUUAAUAUUAUGAUUAGCAUGGGCUUGGCUGUCCUGCUCCAGGAGACUGUCCGCCAUGGCUCCACAUUUUUCCUGUUCGGAAGGAUGGGCGCGAACUGUUACAUCUUUUUCAAUGUGGCCAUUGUAUUCAUGUUGUGGUGGACUGUGACAUUCAACUUCUUCGCUCGCCGCUCAGCAGCCAUAUUUUCGUUUAUUUUGUAUGCCAUUUUCAUCCUGUAUUCCGGCUUGGUUGAAUGGAACUUGAUUCAUGAGUUCGCCAAAGAUAGUUAUAUUGAUCCGAAGUAAAAUAAAAACGUAGCUAC